AUGGAGGCGUCAUUGAGUUCACGUGGUAAACAAUCUGUUGCUUCCAAAGGAAAACCAGAUACCCAUGAAGAGGAGGAGAGUGGUUGGACAGCUUACUUUGAAGAUUUCAUAGCAAACCAAAGAGAACAUAGCUCAAAUUCAGAUACUUUUAUUAACCCUUCCUUUGUUUCUGAUGCUGCUUCUUAUGUUCCAUGGAAUGUAAUCUCCAACAACAAUCAAGAACUAGCAUGCCCUUCAAUGGUUGCCUCACCACCGAAGAAUCCCAAGAAACUAAAUUUCAAGAAAACAAGAAGCAAAGAAAUAUUUUAUGACGAUUCAUUGGAAGAUACUGCUAGUUCUCCUGUCAAUAGCCCCAAGGUGGAUAGUUUAAAGCAGAUGGAUAUGAAUCAGGGAGGAACAUGUGACAAUAUUGAGAGUGCUAUGGGGAAAGUAGGUGGCUAUGGUGAUUAUUCAGAACUGCAGGCUGAUGAAAGAGAUGUAAUGAACUUUGAGGGCAAAAGUAAUGACUCGAUGGACCUGAAGAAGAGUGGAUUGUGCUUGGUUCCUUGGUCGAUGUUAGUGAACUAUCUUGGUUGA